AUGUCUCGCCAUUCCAGCGUCUCCGCCGGCAAGCUCGAGAAGACAAAGCAAGAUGAGCAAUGGAUUGAGAUGGCACCAAGCAGCGACCUCGACAAUGCAGAGCCUUACGUCCCUGGCUCAGAGGCUGAGAAGAAGUUGCUGAGGAAGCUGGAUAUGAGGAUCAUCCCUUGCUGCUGGAUCCUCUACCUCCUUGGCUACCUCGAUCGCGCGAACAUAGGCAACGCCAAGACCGGUGGCCUCGAAGCUGAUUUUCACUUGACGUCGAAUCAAUACUCAGUUAUUCUGUUGGUGUUCUUCGUUAGUUAUGUUAUCUUCGAGAUCCCGUCGAAUAUGCUACUUACCAGAGUCCGUCCAUCCCUCUACCUCUCCGGCCUAGCCGUACUCUGGGGCGGCCUUGCAGCCGUCAUGGCCGCUACGAACAAUUGGAGUCAGCUAGCGGGUGUACGCUUCGCCCUCGGAAUCAUCGAGGCAGGUUUCGCGCCGGGUAUUGCGUUCUAUCUCUCCUGCUGGUACAAGCGCUACGAACUUGCUCGAAGAUACUCUUGGUACUACACCGCCGUCGCUGGUGCAGGGGCUAUCUCGGGUCUCCUAGCCGGGUUGAUUACUCAGAAUCUCGAUGGUGUGCAUGGAAUCGCUGGAUGGAGGUGGCUUUUCAUCAUCGAAGGCGUCGGAUCCUCUGGAGUGGGUAUGGUGGUAUGGUUCUUCAUGGCCGACUAUCCCUCUACAACCCGCUGGCUCACACCCGCCGAACGUACACUCGCAGCACAGCGAAUGGCUCACGAUGGUAUUGGAGCGACGCAAGGCACGGAUGAACAGAUCAAAGAGUGGGCGGCGCUGAAGAUGACAGUACGCGACUGGAAAGUGUGGGCAUUGACGUUGAUAUAUGCUCUUAUCACUGGAUCGCAAACGAUGCAGUACUUCAUCCCGACGCUGGUUAGUGCAUUUGGCUGGACUGGGUGGGAGGGACAGUACUAUACCAUCCCACCCUACGCCUUCGCCCUCUGCUGCACGCUGGCUUUCUCGUGGAUCUCGGACCACUACCAGAACAAACCCCUCUUCAUCAUGAUCUUCGCAGCUUUCGAUACGGUCAUGUUCAUCAUCGUCGCUGCAACCACGAACCACACCAUCCGCUACAUCUUCACAAUCUUCGCCUUCGGCCCAAUCUACGGCAUCGCCCCCCUAAUCCUCAUGUGGGUCCCCAACGUCAUCGACACGCCCGCCGAGAAGAGAGCUGUGUCGAUUGCCUUGGUAAAUGCUCUCGGAAAUCUGUCGAGUAUCUACGGAGUUUUCCUAUGGCCGAGCAGCGAUGCACCGCAGUAUGUCCCUGGCUUCAGCGCGACGACGAUAUUCAUUGCCUUGAUAUGUGCGCUGGCGCCGGUCAUUGCGUGGAGGUUCGGGAAGGAGAAGGGAGCGGGUGGGAUUGGGGGAGUGUUUAAG